UGGACUGCUGCUGCUGUUGCCGCCCUUGGUACUGCCCAUGCAGGUGUGUCAGCACUUCCGCAGUGCCACACCCACCAACAACCUAGUGGUGUUGGGGUCCCGGGUGUACGUGGGAGCGGUGAAUGCCGUGUACCAGCUGGGCCCAGGACUGGGGCUGGAGGCACGGCUGAGGACGGGCCCGGUACAGGACAGUGCCCUGUGCCAUGCGCCACAGCUCUCCAACGUCAGCUGUGUGCACCCACGCAGCCACACCGACUGCUACAACAAGCUGCUGCUGGCAGACCCCAGCCAGGACCUGUUGGUGGUAUGUGGCUCCGUGCAUCAGGGCUUCUGCCAGCUGCGGGACCUGGCCAAUGUCAGCCGGCUGGCGGUGCCCUUCCCACCCCCCUCCAGCACCCUCAUCUUCCCCAGCAUGUUGUAUGUGGCAGCCAAUCACCCGCAGGCCUCCACCGUGGGCUUGGUGCUGCGGGGCUUGGGCGGGCAGGCCGGGAGUCGGCUCCUAGUGGCUGCUACCUACACAGGUCUGGGCACUCGCUAUUUCCCCACCAACAGCAGCCGGGAAGACCUGCGCUUCGAGAACACACCCGAGAUCGCUAUCCGCGCCCUGGACAGGCAACAGCUGUCCCGCCUCUUCACCUAUGACAUCAACCCCUCCGAGGACAACGUCUUCAAGAUCAAGGCCGAGGCCAAGGCUCGGAACCGGCUCAACUUCGUCCGCGCCUUCAGCUACCAAACCUACACCUACCUGGCGCUCAACAACGACGCUGACUCCAGCGCCAAGGGUGGCCGUGCCCGCAGCCUGCUGGCCCGUAUCUGUACUGGAGCUCGGGGCUCACGGCCCACUGAGAGCCGCAAGCUGACCGAGUCCUACAUCCAGCUCGGUCUGCACUGCAGCUCGGGCCCCACCCUCUACGGACGCCUGCGGUCAGUGUGGCCGGGCCCAGGACCCUACCUGUACGGUCUGUUCGACAGGCCCGAGGACAGCAGGGGGAUCUCUGCCCUCUGCACCUUCAGCUUCGCCCACAUUGAGCAGAGCAUGAGGAACGCCCGCCGCAAGUGCUUUGAGAAGAAGCACAGUCAGGAGGUGACCGUGCUGGACAGUGUGAUCCAAGGAAGUGGACCAGCCUGCAUCCAGCGUAACAUCACGCUGCAUGAGGAACAGCUAGACUGUGGAGCUGCCCAUCUGCAGCACCCUCUGGCCAUCAGGGACCCACUGAAAGCUACCCCCAUUCUGCAGGAGAAGGGUUUGACCUCAGUGGCAGUGUCAAGUUUGAAUAACCACACGGUGGUGUUUCUGGGCACAGCGAAUGGUCGUCUGCUGAAGAUGAACUUGCAGAAUGAUGGGCUUUUGAAGAAAGAAGUUGUUCCAGUGGCCCCAGGGGAGGCAGUCCAUCACAUCAUGCACUUUGACCCUGAGGACCAGAACUAUCUGUACGUGAUGACCACUUACCAGGUCAGUCGGGUGAGAGUUGCCUCCUGUGACCAGUUCCAGUCCUGCCGGGAGUGUUUGGGAGCACAUGAUGCCCAUUGUGGAUGGUGCACCUUGGAGAGCCGUUGCUCUCUACAACAGGACUGUGCCAGUUCUGAUAUGCCCUAUUUCUGGAUCAACCUCAACUCUGGAAUACCAAAGUGUCCAACCAUGAACAUAAUCCCAUCGAAAAUCGACAUCAGCCUUGCUGCCCAAAAGGACAUUGAAAUCACCAUCAAUGGUCAUGUCCCGCAGCUGAUGGGCAGGGAUGUUCGCUGUGUUUACGUGAACAUGGAGAAGACCCCAGCCACCAUAAUUGAAAAUAAGUCAAGCCCGUCCCAGUUGGUGCACUGCCCUUUCCUGCGGAAGAAUAAGUACCCAGCAUUCUUGUUGGAUAAAGAUUAUGCCAUUGUAACAGUUGCAGUCGAGGUGGGGAAUCGAUCGAUCGUGACUGGGAAUUUAACCUUCUAUGAAUGUGAGAGAACGGGAAAAGUUCAUGCAAACACAGCAUGCAGAAGUUGCUUACAGACCAGUUGGACAUGCUUCUGGUGUGUUCCUGAGCACAGGUGUGUCUCAGCAAAAGCAGACUGUAGCAAUGUAACAGGUGGUGUACCUGAGACUUUCACACAAUGCCCCCAAAUGUUGCCAGUUCAGGUCCAGCCAGUUCCCACUGGGAGUAUCCAAGACUUCCCAGUCUCCAUAAAUAACAGUGCAUUACUCCAGGGCAGUAAGCUGCAGUGUGACUUUGGACACCAGGUUUACGAGGCACGGUGGUUCAACAGUUCCCACGUGCUGUGUGAGGGCGUCAGGCUGUCCACAGCCAAUACAAGCCACCACUUUCCCAUCAAUCUGAGGCUGAAGGAAGACCCAGAGAAGUUGAUUGACAAUCCCAGCACAACCUCAGUGGAGGUGUACAACUGUGCGAGUGGGAGCUCAGACUGCUCGGAGUGCUGGGGGCGAGAGGACCGGCAACAUCAUUGUGUCUGGUGUGGAACCACCCAGAGCUGCAAGCUGCAGAGUGAGUGUGGACAGAUCGCAAACAACUGUCCUGCCCCUGAGAUCCAAAGGAUAGAACCACUGACUGGCCCUGUGCAUGGUGGGACACAUCUCACAAUUAAAGGCAGGAACCUGGGCCGCAGGUUCAGUGACAUCGUUGAUGGUGUUCGCAUUGGUGACAUUGCAUGUACUCCUCUACAGGAAGGUUACGUGGUCUCAGCACAGAUUGUGUGCACAACUGAUAGAGCCAACAGAGAGUUCACAGAUGUGGUGAGCGUCAGGGUCCAGGAGGAAGCAAACUCCAAUCAAAGAUUCUCUUUCCUCGUUCCUGAGGUCACCUUGGUUGGGCCUGAUGAGGGGCCCAAAGCUGGAGGCACCCAAGUCACUAUCAGUGGCAAAAACCUGCACAUUGGGUCCACAGUCAGGAUCAUUGUCAAUGGCUCCAAGGACUGCACCAAUAUAGAACGGACUCAGAAUGCCCUUUUCUGUGUGAUGCCAGCCGUAGGUGUCGCUGAGACAGCCACCUCCAUCUGUGUCCAGCUUGAGGGUCGACGCUGCAUCAGCAGGAAUGUGACCUUCAAGUACCGGGAGAAUCCAAUCAUAGACAGCAUCAGCCCUAACACCAGUUAUGUCAGUGGUGGACGGGAGAUAACAGUGAAAGGCCAACGAUUCCAUUUGAUACAGACUGUCCUCAUGGUGGUCAAACACACUGGAAGUGCUCAGUCGAGAUGUGUAGUUAUGAACGAUUCUGUUCUCAUCUGCCUGUCUCCCACCUAUUCAGUGUCCACAGUGAAUGUUCAUUUCCAUAUUAAUGGGAUCCUCUACCAGGAGCCUCGAACCUUGUCACAGACUGAUAUAGGGUUCUCUAUGGAAUAUUUCAGUGACCCACAGUUCUGCCGCAAGGAAAAGUUUAUCAAACACCAUCAGGGAGAGCCCCUCACUCUGGUGAUUGAGAAGACACCAGACAACUUGAACUUGGCUCCUGAGGAAUACAAAGUGAUGAUUGGCCCUUUUCCAUGUGACAUCUAUGUUGUUAAGGGAAAGAUUCAUUGUACCGUGAAUGUCUCAAUCGACUCUGAUGAACGGCAGUUGCCUGUCAUGGUGCGAGUGGGGAACUACAAUGAGACAAUUGCGAUGGUGCAACUGGGAGAGAGUGAGACUUCGGUUGUGAUAUCGAUCGUGGUCUGCCUGUUACUGCUGCUGGCUUGUGGCAUCGCCUUGGUCAUCUUCUGUACAAAGAGUCGACGAGCAGAGCGAUAUUGGCAGAAGACCCUGAUUCAGAUGGAGGAGAUGGAGGCUCAGAUCAGGGAGGAGAUUCGAAAAGGUUUUGCGGAGUUGCAGACUGAUAUGACUGAUCUCACCAAAGAGUUAAACCGCAGCCAGGGUAUUCCUUUUCUUGACUACAAGUACUUCGUCAUUCGCACCUUCUUCCCAAAAUGUUCAAUUGACUGUGAAAGCAGAAGCCCUGAGUGUUACCAUCAGCUGAACGCCCAGUCCAGAGAGGCCACCAUCUCCAGCAGCCGGCCCGAGACCCACCCUCUGUUGCUGCCCGAGUGGAAGGUCCCUGAGAACUCUCGGCAGAACAUGGAGGAGGGUAUUUCUUUAUUCUCCAUGCUGCUGAGCAACAGGCACUUUCUCAUCACCUUUGUCCAUGCACUGGAACAGCAGAAGGACUUUGCAGUGAGAGACAGAUGUAACCUCGCAUCCUUGCUGACCAUAGCGCUGCAUGGUAAACUGGAGUACUUCACGGGUAUCAUGAAGGACCUGCUGGUGGACCUCAUCGAUGCCUCUGCUUCCAAGAACCCAAAGCUGAUGCUGCGGAGGACGGAGUCAGUGGUGGAGAAGAUGCUGACCAACUGGAUGUCCAUCUGCAUGUACAGCUUCCUCAAGGAAACGGUGGGGGAGCCUUUCUUCUUGUUGUUGUGUGCCAUGAAGCAGCAAAUUAACAAGGGUUCGGUGGAUGCGAUCACCGGGAAGGCCCGAUACACCCUCAACGAGGAGUGGCUGCUGAGGGAGAAUGUUGAGGCCAAAGCGAUGAACCUCAACGUGUCGUUCCAAGGUUGUGGUAUGGACUCCAUCACAGUCCGAGUGAUGGACAGCGACUCCAUCAGCCAAGUCAAAGAGAAGAUUCUGGAAGGCUUUUACAAGAACGUGCCCUUCUCCCAGUGGCCGCGAGUGGAAGAUGUGGACCUGGAGUGGUUUCCGUCGAGCAGUAACAGCCGAAUCCUGCGGGACUUGGACAACACUUCCAUAGUUGAGGAUGGCCGGAAAAAGCUCAACACCCUGGCACAUUGCAAGGUCCCUGAUGGAGCCUCGUUGGCAAUGAGCUUGAAGGACCAGUGGGACGGCACUCUGGGACGAGUGAAGGACCUGGACACUGAAAAAUACUUCCACUUGGUGCUUCCAAAUGAUGAGCUGGUUGAAACCAGCCGCUCACACAAACACAGCCAGCGGAAGAAGGUUUUGCCAGAGAUUUAUUUGACUCGACUUCUCUCCACCAAGGGCACGCUGCAGAAGUUCCUGGAUGAUUUAUUCUGUGCAGUGCUUAGUAUCCACGCUGUGAAACCUCCCUUUGCAGUGAAAUAUUUCUUUGAUUUCCUGGAGGAGCAAGCUGAGAAACGGGGCACUGCUGACCCAGACACACUCCACAUCUGGAAAACAAACAGCUUGCCGCUCCGCUUCUGGGUGAAUAUCCUAAAGAAUCCUCAGUUUGUAUUUGACAUAGAGAAGACUGACCACAUGGACGCCUGUCUGUCAGUGAUAGCCCAGGCCUUCAUUGAUGCCUGCUCUAUCUCAGACCUGCAGCUGGGCAAGGAUUCACCAACAAAUAAACUCUUGUAUGCCAAGGAAAUUCCUGAAUACAAGAAAGCAGUGCAGAGAUAUUACAGAGAAAUCCAGGAAAUGAUCACACUUAGUGAACAGGAAAUGAAUGCUCACCUGGCAGAAGAAUCCCGGAAAUACCAAAAUGAGUUUAACACCAAUUUUGCCAUGGCUGAAAUCUAUAAAUACGCCAAGCGAUAUCGCAGUCAGGUGAUGAAUGCCUUGGAAUCAAACUCAGUGACUAGACGCAUGCAAAUGCAACACAAGUUCGAACAAGUCAUUGCGCUGAUGGAGGACAACAUUUAUGAGUGUUGUAGUGAGGCGUAGCUGGGUGAAAGCUUGCUGAAUGAAUGCACCAAGACCUGCCCUUCCAACACAGAGCCUUCAGCAGAUAGUUCUCACCACAACAUGCUGCCCUUUAACAUUAUCUGAUGGCCUCCAUGGCCCUAAGAGCUGUUGAACAGACCCAGUCGACUGGUGUGGCAGCACUGAGUCAGUGCUGGCAUGCGAUUCCAUGGGCUGUAGGUGGCAUGUCCUGGGGAUGGGGUGCUGAUUGUGAGCAGGGAAGGUUCAGCAUGGGGGUGGGGGGGGGUGGAAUAUAGAGAGAGGAAGGGAGGUGCUUAGACAGGGAGAGACCAUGUCUGUGUACCCAGCAACAGUGAGGUCCUCUCAGAGUGGUGGGAAGCUGCCUGAUACAGUUAGAGAAGACAUGAGUGGGAGAUGAGGAACUGGCCCCCAGGACUACCACCACUGAGAGAACUCUGGGCAGGCCAGUGAUCAUUGGUGGAGUCUUUCUGAAGGACUGCAGGGGAUUGGUGCUAAGAACCUUCGUUCCAACAAUACAAUAACAAAAGGAGGUUGGUAUGGGGGCUGUCGGGCACUCAACCAAAUUCUCAGGGAUUCACUUCUGACUUUGGGCUUAAAUCUGAAGCGGUCAUUUGUAAAUGAGGUGAUUUUGUGGUUUUCAUAUUGUGCAAUGUAUUUCAGCAGCUGACUUUGAAGCAGGUUGGUUAGUAUGUGGACACUGUGUCAGCAUGUCCACAGAGUGCCUCAUCUGCUUCAACCCCCCCAUCACCACCUUUGGAUAUCAAUACUUCCGCUGGAUGUGCUGUUUAGUUUUAUGAAUAGAUCUAUUAAACUGUUCUACUAACCAACCUGGCUGUGAAGCUGUCUCUGAUCCAGGCUGUGGGAAGGCUUGUCCAACCUUGCUGCAAUCCCAUGGGGAGGAGGAUAGGGACAGGAGUGGGUCAGUUGGCCCCUUCAGAGUGGGACACUCGAAAAUCACCCUCUGUCCUUCUGUAGCAGCCGUUGAGCCUGCCACAGUGGUCAGACGGGAGAGCAGAGGGCGCGUCUCUGGGCCAGCACAGGGAGGUGAUGCCUGUGGUCUGUGGUGGGCCUGACGCACAGCCAGGCCAUCUUUGUGAGAAACACCAAGCCAGUACACAUCAAGGCUCUGUGGGGAAGCAGGGGUCAGGUUCUAGGCUUACAAGGUGGCCAUCCUAAUUUAUCCAGUAUAGGUAUUUAUUAAAAAAUGUUAAUGACAUUUUAAAUUUCUACUAACCUUUACUGACAAUGUAGAUGAACUAGUUGUAAUGGUAAUGCUGAGGUUGAAGUGGGAACUGUGAAGUGGGUUCCUGUGGAGCGGAGCCAACCAUUGCCAGUACUGAUGGCACUUGGUUAUCCUGACUCCCUGAGCUUCUGGUUUUAGGUGUAGUACUGUCACUUAGCUGCUUCCUGAAUCACUGAAUCAUCUGAUGGAAUAUUUUCUGUCCUUACUCCUUAAUCCACCUGUUUGGGAGUAUCACAAGCAUAGACUGCUAUCACGAGUGAUAAGACUUGCUCUAAUUUGUGCCUCUUUCCUUUUCACUCUGUGUACAGUUGACUCUUUGAGGCCAUAAGCAUGAGUCACCAAUGAUGAACCUUAUCUAUCUAACACCUCCUCCAUACUAAAGUCAACACUUUAUCCUGCUUCCUCAGUGUCACUCAUUUAGCCUGGUGCUUGGGGUGGACAGUUACUGAGAGCGAUGGCCUGUGUGAUGUUCACAGGGUAAGACCCAAUCACACUGGGGGUAGCCUGGCUGUGGGACAAUGGGCAGUCACCACCUGAUCCCAACCAGUCCACCAAUCCCAGCAUUGCACUGCUCCCUGUAACCCAUCCACCAAUCCUGGCAUUGCAGUGCUCUGUGUAACAAUGAACCUGUACCAUGCACAAAAAGUAAACGGUCACAACUUAUUUUCUAUGGAAAACUGAAAUUGUGCAAACAGUACCCAGUAAACUGAGGCCUGAGUGUAUGUGGAGAUGCUUGUACCUAAGAUGAGUUAUCUGGAGAUGCUUGUACUUAAGAUGAGUUAUCUGGAGACAUUCAGUAAUAAAUGGGCUGUAGCCUCAGUUAAUGGAGCCACUUGCUUGGCCAAUAUAAAGCAGGCAGCCAUGUGUCUGACGAUCCAGAGAACAUGUGUGUUCAUGCAGAGUGUGCUCCUACCAUGUUGCUAAAGCUCCCUCCAUACUCCAUACCUGCAAGAAGGGGCAGGACCUUUACCUGUUCAGAA